GUGGCUUGCAGUAUAGGUUAGUGACCGCAUCUAAUACGUGACACUACUCCAUCGGCGCAUAUCGCGCACAUGCUCCUCCUCCACCGUCUCCAGGUCCCGCUAUGACACCGCCGUAGGCGCUUACUGCUUGAUCUUAAUUACUUCGCAUAUCUCCUUGUUCUUUGUUGUGAUCCCCUCUCCUUUACUGCAAGGAAGUAACAAGACACGACUUGAGUCCUCCUUCGCGUGCCUCCGCUAGCCCAGCUGCAUGGCUACCACAUGCGAGCACAGGCGAAGACAGCUACGCUGCCAACGCAGAAGAUCCUGACACUCUGGGGCAGCGUGAGCUAGACCUGCUGAGCUCCUUCGCUUCGCUUCCCUCAAGUCGGCACGUGGCUAGGAAGCACGCGGCCACGCGCUUACUGUAUCUCACCCAGCAGCGCAGGUUGUCUCACGAGGUGGUACGGCAGCGGUACAGGAACUCUCGGGGAGCACGGUGGCUUUGUAACGGUCAGCGAAUAUGCAAUGGCUCACAUCGAUCGCCCUUGAACCGGCAUUGCCUGCUCACUGCGAGCCCACUACCGACUUUCUGCUUCGCUUCAGCAGUGCUUUUCACACUUGCGUGCCUACACCGCUUGCCUUCGCCUCGAACACUUUGGGUGCACUCAGCAUCGUAGCAUGGUUGUUCGCUCAAUUACCGCAAAUUUAUAAGAAUUGGAGUAUCGCGAGCACAUCGGGACUGUCCUUCUCGUUCCUUCUGGAGUGGUACUUGGGAGAUGUGAGCAACCUCCUUGGUGCAUUGUUUACGCACCAGGCGAACUGGCAGGUCGCAAUAGGGGCAUACUAUGUCUUCGUGGAUUCAUGCUUGCUAGCGCAGUGGGUUUGGUAUGAGAAGCUACAGCAUGGGAGCAUUGUGCGGAGAGCAUGGCCGAAGCCAGGAUACAAUGUAGAUGGCAGACGAGAUGGCGGUAUGGAGGAAGUAAUCAUUGAGGGUAUGCCUGUUGAUGCGGAGGCAGGUGAUGCUGCCAACCGCCCUGAUGCUGGUUUAAUGCAAGCGACGGCAAAGCAGCCGACAAGGCCACAGAUAAUCUUCAGAGCACCGACCUUCCGGGAGGAGCGUAGCGCGAGCCCCGAGAAAGGCAUGUCGAGUCACGCUCUAACACCUGGCGGUACGACCAUACACCGCAUUGGAGCAUCGUCGCCAUUGCCGUCGCCAUCUCCAAGGACGGUUCUAUUGCUCGCCUGCCUCAUGGCUCUAGCCCAGGCGCACUCUCCGACUCAGAUUGCACAAGUCUUCGAUGCUCACCAUGCCAGCCGGCAGGCGGGCCUUGAGACUGCUGGAACGGUCUUGUCGUGGCUGUCGACCGCGCUGUACUUGGGCUCACGUUUUCCACAGCUGAUCAAGAACUGGCGGCGGAAGUCUACGGCUGGUCUAAGUCCACAUCUGUUCAUAGCGGCAUUUUGCGGCAACCUCUUAUACUCUACCGCUCUCACGACCAACCCAUGCGCAUGGUACGAUUUCGGAGCGUAUGGCGGAGGUGGCUGGGUGGGUGCAGAAGGCAGCCGGAGGGCUCAGUGGGUGUUAGCAGCUCUACCCUUCUUUCUCGGCGCAGCGGGAGUUCUUGGACUGGAUGCAUGCGUUGGCAUUCAAUUCGUGCUGUAUGGUGAUGAUGCAAAGGUUGUUGUUAUCGAGGAAGAUCGGUGGCAUAGGCGGCAUUGGAGAAAGGUGAGUGGGUGGAUGCGCGGUUGGGUGCCGAGCAUAAGCGAAGGCAAGGGCAAUGAGCGUGAUGCGUUGAUCGUUCACGAUGAUGUACAUAGCAACGGUUACGGGACAGCCGCAUGAACAUCCUAGAUGAGAGCUGCGAGACAGACUUGUCCACCUGCGAGGCUUGCACAUGCUUCACACAAGAAUACAGCUUGGAACGUCUGCAAUUGCAAAAAGAUUCAAGAGCUACCAGACGUUCACGAGGUGAGGAAGAGACACUUACCCCUGAUAGUCAUACCGCGGUCGAGGAAAGACGUCUCUUGUCCACGACCAUGUUCUUCGUAUAUAAGGUCCUA